AAGUCCUAUACACGCUUUAGCCGUCCCGGACUCUGACUGCAGCCCGCGUAUGCUGGCAAAGCUUCCCUCAGCUGCAUUGUAGCAGCAGUGUAGGCAGCAGCACGACCCGCCUGGCCGGGUGUUUGGAGUCAACAAGCCCAUCCAGGCCAUCAUCGUGGUACACUGGCUGCUCACAGUGUGGUGAGUGAUUGGUAACUGGCCUGGCCUGGGUAAGAAGAGGGUAUUCCUUCAAAAUAGGGGAUGCAUGAAUGACAUGUUUCAAGCCUCCUAUGCCUGGGGAAAUUUCAGUGUCCUUGCAGUGGGGAUCUGGGCCAUUGUGCAGCGAGAUUCCCUCGAUGCCAUCAUUAUGUUCCUGACUGGCCUGCUGCUCACAGUCCUCACAGACAUCAUUCACAUCUCUGUUGUCUAUCCUCCAAACAACUAUCUCACUGAUGUGAAUCGUUUCAGUAUGGGCAUGGCCAUCUUCAGCCUCCUCCUCAAACCUGUGUCCUGCUAUUUGGUAUACCGAAUGUAUCAGGAGCGUGGAGGAGAGUACACUUUUAACAUAGACCCGGAGUCCUCGUCUGACAGCCAUUUUGCCCACAAUGGUGUGACCUGUGCAGGCCGGGACCGCAACACCUAUGAGCCAAUUGAUCAGCAGGAUGCCUCUCCACAGUGGCCUGACUCAAGCAAGGCAGCCCAGCAGCCGUACUGAGGCCCUCUCUGCAACCAAGGACGGAUGCUUCCCUCACCCAGUCUAGCCUUCCGCUUUUCCCAUGUCUGUUCUGAUGGAGCAAGACCUGCUACUAAGCAAACAGGAGAGGAUCUGAUUUUUCAUUUCUUUUGCCUCCCUGAAGGUUAGGCAGAUGGGUUCCUGCAGUAAGGCCAGAAGAUCUCAGAGAUGUCAUGUUAAGCACUGUGACUCUUUGUAAUCCCAGUGCUUUCCUUUCCUCCUUCCCUCUCAAUCCCUCCUCUGUAUGUGUGAGUGGAUGCACCUUCUGCAGCCUUACAAGUCCUAUAUUGUGCAUCCUCUCUAUUGUAAGUAAGGGUACCACUCAAAAUAUUCCUGGACAAGCUGUCUUUAAAAGGCUUCUGGACUGCCCUUAAACAAUACAGUUUGUCUGUUUUUAUGCAGAUACAUUUCCAGGAAAUAUCUGGAAGUUCCUGAAGGCUGUUAUUGGUGGUGUUACUUAACUAAAGCUUAUAAUCGUGACUCCCUAUGCUAGCUGUGGUGGUUUGCACAAAGCUGGGGUUGGUAUAAAAUGCCCUUACUGGGCCACGGAGCUGCUUGUGCUCCCAGUCUUGGGUAUUAAUCACUGAUGUUUUUAUGCAAGUUGAAAGUCCUUCAGGAUCCUUAAAAUGGCUGUUGAAUGUAGGUUAUAGAUACUCUGUGCCUUGAAAUGUACUUUUACCUUCAGCUGCCUAUCUUAAUGGAACUUGAAAUGUUACAUUUUUCUAAGAAAACUAUAAAAUGAGCACAGUUUUUCUGUGUUAGAAAAAGUUA